AUGAUUCUCCCAGCACAGAAGCUCAGUAAUGGUGAACAUAUUCCAACAAUCGGGCUUGGAACAUGGGGUCUCGUUGACCCAGGUGUUCUUGAAUGCUCAAUACGAAAUGCAAUUGAGCUAGGAUACAGACACAUUGAUACUGCACAUAUAUACGGAAAUCAGAAGAAAAUAGGACAGAUCCUGAAGAACAUAUUUUCAGAAGGCUUAGUCGAAAGAAAAGACCUGUUUAUAACAUCUAAGCUUUGGAAUGACUCGCAUGAUGAUCCUAUGACUGCUAUUAAGCAAACACUGGAAGAUCUGCAGCUCGAGUAUGUUGAUCUGUAUUUGAUCCAUUGGCCAGUCAGGUUCGAGCCUGAUGCUAAUGGAGAGGUAACACUUGGCCUGGAUAGAUUUAGACUAGGUGCAUUUGAUCCUGUGCCAUUAUGGAAAAAGAUGGAAGAGCUUGUUGAUGCAGGCUAUACAAGAUCAAUAGGAAUAUCAAACUUUGGGAUUGAAAACACCAAAAAGGUUCUUGAAGUUUGCAGAAUCAAGCCGGUUGUUUCGCAGUUUGAACUACAUCCGUAUCUGAAGCAGACGACUCUUGUUAAUUUUCUGCAUGAACAUGAUAUUCAUAUAGUCAGCUAUUCGUCUCUUGGCUCCACUGCCGAUUGUAGCCUAAAAAUACGCAAUGACAAGACAAUCAAAACAGUUGCUGAGAAAUACGAAUGCUCACCAUCGCAGAUCAUACUGAGCUACCUUACGAUGCAGGGAGUAUGUGUAAUUCCUAAAAGCACGUCUAGAAAGCAUCUAGAAGAAAACAUGGAUCUGAAGGCUCUCAAGCAAGAAGACAUGCGUAUAAUUGACGGGAUUGAAAUCACUCACAGAUACGUCGAUCCUAUAUCAUUUGGAGAGUCGAGAUUUGAUUAA